CCUUAAAGCCUCCUGCUCCCAAAGAGCAUUUCCCAGACUCCAGCCAGCUUCCCCUCGGCUCCUUGGGAUCUCACUGGUACCCCACGGCAGAGAUAACCAGGCAUGUCGGACUCCGAAGAGGUUGCUGAAGAAUAUGAGCAGGAGCAGGAAGAGGAGUAUGUGGAAGAAGAAGAGGAAGAAUGGAUAGAGGAAGAAGACGGUCAGGAAGAACAGGUAGAGGAGGUGGAGGAGGAGACAGAAGAAACCAAGGUAGAAGAACAAGAAGAUGAAACGAAAGCACCAGGAGAAGGUGGAGAGGGGGACCGAGAGCAGGAGCCUGGGGAAGGUGAAACGAAGCCAAAGCCCAAGGUCUUCAUGCCAAACCUGGUGCCUCCCAAAAUCCCAGAUGGUGAGAGACUGGAUUUUGAUGACAUCCACCGCAAGCGCAUGGAAAAGGACCUGAAUGAACUGCAGGCCCUUAUCGAAGCCCACUUCGAGAGCAGGAAGAAGGAGGAAGAGGAGCUCAUGUCUCUCAAGGACAGGAUUGAACAGCGGCGAGCGGAGAGGGCAGAGCAGCAGCGGAUUCGCAGCGAGAGGGAGAAGGAGCGCCAAGCCCGCAUGGCUGAGGAAAGAGCUCGCAAAGAGGAAGAGGAGGCCAGGAAGAAGGCUGAGGAGGAGGCACGGAAGAAGAAAGCUUUCUCCAACAUGCUGCAUUUUGGAGGCUACAUGCAGAAGUCAGAGAAAAAAGGUGGAAAGAAGCAAACAGAGCGGGAAAAGAAGAAGAAGAUCCUCAGUGAACGUCGGAAGCCCCUGAACAUCGACCACCUCAGCGAAGACAAGCUGAGGGACAAGGCCAAGGAGCUAUGGCAAACUAUCCGUGAUCUGGAGGCUGAGAAAUUUGACCUGCAGGAAAAGUUCAAGCGGCAGAAAUACGAGAUCAACGUCCUCCGAAACCGUGUCAGUGAUCACCAGAAAGUCAAAGGGUCAAAGGCUGCCCGUGGGAAGACCAUGGUGGGUGGCCGGUGGAAAUAGAUGACUCGGAAAGGAAAAGGAGGCUCAGCCAUGGAGAGAUGUAUUGCCUUUUGGUCAACCAGCUGGCUUCCCCACGUCGUGGAGCCUGCACCACAUGUCCACCCACCCUCCCACUGCACAGAGCCUGCAAAGAUGUUACUGCAGGCACAGCGCUGCUUGGGAGGGCAGAUGCUUUGCAAGGUGCCAUUCUCAUCUCCACACCCCCAGCUGAUGUUGUGUCUGUAAAUAAAGAGAAC